AUGCCGAUGCCAUCGUUGACGAAAAAGUACUACCACGCACCAUACCCGUCCAUCGAUCCCCGCCGACCAGAGCUCUCAGCCGUCGGAAAAGUCGUCUUGAUAACAGGAGGUGGCUCGGGCGUGGGACAAGGCACUGCCGUCGCAUUUGCCAAGGCACAGGCCAAAGUGGUUGUCAUUCUCGGUCGCCGCUUGCAAACCUUGGAAGAGACAAAAUCCAAGGUUGAGCGGCUCAGCAAAUCCACAAUGGUAGCCACAUAUUCACUAGACAUCUCUGACGAGAAAUCUGUGGCGGACUGUUUCAACGACGUCAGGACCAAGUAUGGACCCAUCGACAUCUGCCUAAAUGCUGCAGCAUAUCUCUCGGAUCAAGGGACAGUCAAGGAUUCGCCAGUAUCCGAGUACUGGGCGUCCUUUGAAAUCGGCGUCAAAGGCUCAUACAUUGUAGCGCAACAAUUCCUGCGCCACUGCUCAGAUCAUGACGCCGUAUUGAUCGGCGUGAAUUCCUUGAUCGCACACAUUCCAGCUGUGCACGUCGACUCGGCACCGGCGAGUUAUGCCAGCAGUAAAAUCGCUGCUGCGAAGUUGUACGAAUAUGUCGCGGUCGAAAAUCCUCAUGUCAGAUGCUAUUCGUUGCAGCCGGGGAUCAUUGAGACAGACAUGUCGAGGAAGAGUAUCGAAAUGAUGCCUGAGGAGAGCCAGAAGAAUAAUCGAUUUUUGCCAUUUGACGACGUCUCGUUGCCAGGAUGCUUCUCCGUCUGGCUCUCAUCUAGAGAAGGCGCCGUGAUUCCGUCUGGUCGAUUCCUGUGGUCGAACUGGGAUGUUGAAGAACUCAAAGAACGAGCCAUCAAGCUCAAGGAGGAUCCAUGUGUCUUGACGCUGACCUUACCUGGAUGGCCAUUCUCUCUUCCAGAAGACGAAGUCUAUCCAGAUUAUGGGGCUGCUGCUAAAAUUGGUAGGGAGCCUUGA